GUAAGUUUUCAUAUUAAAUGUAUAACACAGAUAUCAUAAAACCAGAAAAACAAACUUUAUUUGCUUUUUGAACGUGAAAUAAGAAAAUUAGUCUCGGCAGAAGAUCAUGUGACAUGGACAAAAUGGCGGUCGUUCCAAAGCGGGUCGUUGGAAAUUUGAUUUUAGAUAAAACGUCAUUUUUCUGUUGUGACAUUCAGGAAAAGUUCAGACCUGUUAUUAAAUACUUUGAUGACAUUGUUCUGGUGUCGAAGAGACUGGUUUCUGCAGCUUCAAUAUUGGAUUCCCCAUUGGUUGUUACUGAACAGUACCCCAAGGGGCUUGGUAAGACUGUAGCAGAGCUUGAGAUUGACAAUGCAGUAGGUGUAUUCCCCAAGACAAAGUUUACUAUGUUGAUUCCUGAGGUGAAGGAAGCCAUGACAUCUCUAUGUGGUGGAACUUUAGAACACAUCAUUCUUUUUGGAAUAGAGGCACAUGUGUGUGUCCAGCAAACUGCACUAGAUCUACUGAGCUUGGGAUAUGAUGUACAUGUAGUAGCAGAUGCUGUGUCUUCACGUAGCCAGAUGGACAGACAGUUCGCUUUUGAGAGACUGCGACAAGCUGGUGCUGUGGUGACGACCAGUGAAGCAGUGCUACUACAGCUUGUGGGAGACAAAGAACAUGCCAAGUUCAAGGACAUUCAGUCUCUUAUAAAGACCAGUGCUCCAGUGUCAGGACUUGUCAGCCAGUUAUGAUGAAAAUGGAUAUUUUAGUGCAAUAGAUCCAGUGAAUGUUACGAGUGCAGCAUAAAAUACAUAGCUAGUGACAGGACAGUGUCAUGAUUUCAUUGUACAGCUGAACGAUCAGGUUUGCUGUGAUUGCUCCAUUGUUUCAUGAUUUUUGUGCUGUCAAAAUCUUUUAUACAACCUUUAAUAUUAUGAACUAAUUUGAACAAUAAAUGUUGUUAUCAAAAGAGGGUAUUGUACACCCCUCCCAGUUUUCCAUUUUUGCAGACUGCCUUGACCCAUUUGAUCGAUUUACAGAAUAUUUUAUUUAGAUCAUCAUUUGCAAAAUUUCCUGCAGAAUUAGCAAAUUUUCUAAGCACACUGAAAAAUCAGCCUUACAUCUAUUUAAUGAUUUCAAUGCUUUUAUUGGAUCGUCUUGAUCAUUUGAUCAUUUUGUCUUGUGGAUGUGUUUACAUAUGUAUAUGUUUACAUCAGU